AUGAUGAUCGGUGCGGUGGAUUCUAGCCCUGACAUGCCUCUCUGCGUCUAUUUAAACCAUAGACCGGCUCUCAGCUGGUUCCCACUCCUCACUAACCCAGAGCUGAGCUCAAGCACUUUAUGUACAGGUUGCAGAGUUUUUAUAGAAGAUUAUUAGCUAGAAUAGCCAUUUUACCUCUAUUUGCACAGAUAACUACCAAUAUGGCAACAGAAAGUUGUUUAAGCAGUUCUCAGAUCAACAAGGUUGACAACGAAAAACUGGUAAGGCCAAAAAUGCAGCUGAAAAGUUUGUUAGAGGAUGCAGGUGCAGAUAAAGAUGUUUUCACCAUGAAGGAGGUUAUGUUUUAUUUAGGGAAGUACAUCAUGAGCAAGGAGUUAUACGACAAGCAGCAGCAACACAUUGUUCACUGCGGAGAGGAUGCUCUUGGUGCCGUUCUCGGGGUGAAAAGUUUCUCAGUCAAAGAGCCCCGAGCUCUCUUUGCAAUGAUCAACAGAAACCUUGUGACAGUGAAAAAUCCAGAUACUCAGUCUACCUUUUCUGAACCUAGGAGUCAAAGUGAACCUGAUCGAGGGCCCGGGGAUACGGAUUCAGACUCUCGCUCAUCUACCUCACAACAGCAGCGCAGGAGGAGGAGAAGCAGUGAUCCUGAGAGUACUUCAGCUGAAGACGAACCCAGAGAACGCAGGAAGAGGCACAAGUCAGACAGCUUCUCCUUGACGUUUGACGACAGCCUGUCUUGGUGCGUGAUUGGCGGCCUGCACCGGGAGAGAGGGAACAGCGAGUCUUCGGACGCACAAAGCAACUCUGAUGUAGGUAUUUCUCACAGUGAGGGCAGUGAUGAAAGUGAAGGCUCAGAUUCUGACUCCGAUAACUUUAGUGUGGAAUUUGAGGUGGAGUCCAUAAACUCCGAUGCCUACAGUGAGAACGAUGAGGAUUCAUUGCCAGGAGAGAAUGAGGUGUAUGAAGUCACAAUCAUUGCUGAGGAUGAAGAUUCGUUUGAUGAGGAUACAGAGAUAACUGAGGCAGACUACUGGAGGUGUGCUGAAUGUGACAAGCUCAACCCUCCUCUUCCUCGGCAUUGCAAAAGCUGCUGGAAAGUUCGACCCGGUUGGCUUCCAGAAACACACUCCAACAGGGAAAACACCUCCACUAACACUCAACCCAGCACAGAAGACACCAGCAUCACCACAACUCCCAGCUCAGCCUCAGAUGACAAACUGCUUCCUUGCAAACCCUCAAGCCCACUUCCAGAAACAGAUGAAGGAGUGGACGUACCCGAUGGCAAGUGCUCGCAAUCUCCUAACGCCGCUAAAGAAGAACUUCUGUCCUCCACUCCCUCCGGCUCAAUGACCGACUCUCAGACCUCGACAUCACAGCCCUCAACCUCCUCUGGUGGGGGCAGCAGCCAGGAAGAGACCCCGGAGCUAGAGCGCUACAACAGCCUAGAGGCCUGCCUGCCUGCCACUUGCCUUGAGCCCUGCGUCAUCUGUCAAAGUCGCCCCAAGAACGGCUGCAUUGUCCACGGAAGAACUGGGCACCUUAUGGCUUGCUAUACUUGCGCCAAGAAACUAAAGAACCGGAACAAGUUGUGUCCGGUGUGCAGAGAGCCUAUUCAGUCAGUUGUGUUGACCUACGUGAGCUGAGACACUGCAGAUAUACCUCCUCUCCUCACAUGAAGUUCGGGAUGCUUAUGUUGCCUUGUCUCAGAGUUCUGAAACUUUUGAUUUCAAAUUCAAUAUUGUAAUAUGUUUCUUGAUUAAUAAAUUUUAUUUAUGACUCAGCAAGCGAGGUUCUCGCUCACAUGUGGGGUAGCAAAAUAACACAUCUGUGUUUUAAGGGUUGAGUUUGGGGGUUUGGAAUUUAAACAACUACUUAUGGACUUCUGAGAUAUUCUGUAUACAUUUUAUCAGCUAAUAGAAAUGUUUGUAAUAAUUUAAUUUAUGUAUGCUUAUGUAUAGGUUCAUUAAUUUGAGUUCUUUGCUGCACUGAAAUGUGUUCCUGAGCUGUGGCUCUUGAGACACCCCUUUAAAAAAAUUGUUCCUCCUCUUGAAGGAAAUGCUCUUCUGCACCGUUUUCUGCUGCAAAGACUCUGUCUUAUUUUGUGAGUGAGGUAUAAUAAAUGAUUAUUUUCAGGCUCUUCUGCUUUUACAGUACAGGUGAAAUUCUGUCUUUCUGCCUUCUCUUUUAAAUUUUGUUCUUGGUUUCCUAAAUGCCAUAUAAUGUUUUUUUUUAAGAGGAGCUGAUUGGCUGGUGUCAGUUUCCUAUGCUGUUGUUUAUUAGUACACAGCACGGUCACCCAGAGAGAGCUCUGGUUACUAGGGACCCACAUUUACCUCAAUAUCAAGAAACGUGUUCUGACUUGUUUCUCUCUAAUGGCAACCUAGCACAAACAUUGACCUCCUGAUUUAUUAUUUUUUUUUAUUUUAAUAAUAAAUGAUUAUAAUCCCUCUUUUUUCACACCCAAGCACUUCUACAAUGGGAAUCUGUUGUGUAGUUGAUACACAGGAGCAGCAUGAACAGGUGAAUCAUUUGUGCAUCAUUUGUGCUCUUUAUGGUAGUCAUGAGUGUUGUGCAAUAUUCUUUUCAGUUUGCUUUUGAAAGAAUUGUGUGUUUUGAAUUUGCACAAUGCAUUUAUAUUCAUUACUUCAUUAAAAUAUCGACCUGGUUGUUUCUGCAAGACAUAGUUUAAGCUUUGCAUGGUUUAUUAAUUUGAAGUCUGCAAAAUAGCACCAACAUGUCAAAAAAACCUUGUUUUGCACUAAUAGUUUUUGCCUUUUCUAACAGAUGUUUUACAAAUGAAAUGCAAUCAGAACUUGACUGGUGAAAGCAGAUGUUUCAGACUUGAGGUAUGUCUUUUUUUUUUUUUU